GGAAGACUGAACUGAAGACACCCAUUGCCCGCUCCAAGAAUAUUCCCCAGGAACAAUCCCCCGCAGAAUAAUCAAUUCGGCCUCCAUUAAGCUGGUGCGCGAUUCCCAAAUUUAACUAUCCCAAAGCAGAAGCAAGCCGGUCGAUCUUCGUGGACGGGCGACGCCAGCACGGACCACCAGGGCCGCCCGCAUUAAGGUGGAAUGCCGCCGUGUGCACUACUACUACUCCAUUACGACUAGUUUUCCCCUUUUUGCCAUUUCGAAUUUCGAUUCACCAAGCUCAGUCAGGCCGCUAUAAAUACGUCGGGCGGCCAUGGCGUUCCGAUCCGGCCAGUGCGAGUGCAACAACGCAACAUUUCUUGGUUUCCUCUGCUUUUGAUUGAGUCUGGUAGGAUCAUCUGAGCUGCAAGCAACAAUGGCCGCGGCGAUGAGCAAUGGCGCCGGCGCCGGGGCCGGCGUGGUGGUGGUGUUCGACUUCGACAAGACGAUCAUCGACUGCGACAGCGACAACUGGGUCGUGGACGCGCUCGGCGCCACCCGCCGCUUCGACGAGCUCCUCCUCCGCCUCCCCUGGAACUCCGCCAUCGACACGAUGAUGGGGGAGCUGCACGCGGAAGGGAAACAGGUGUCGGAGAUCAGAGGCAGCCUCAGGACGGCGCCGCUGCCGGCGAGCGUGGUGUCGGCCGUCGAGUCGGCGCACGCGCUCGGGUGCGAGCUCCGGAUCCUGAGCGACGCCAACGCCUUCUUCAUCGACACCGUCCUCGCGCACCACGGCCUCGCCGGCUACUUCUCCGAGAUCAGCAGCAACCCGGCCCGCGUCGACGCCGCCGGCCGCCUCAGGAUCUCCCCCUACCACGACUUCCCUCACGGCUGCGCGCUCCCCACUUGCCCUCCCAACAUGUGCAAGGGGAAGGUGAUGGAGGAGAUACUGCAAGAACUCUCUGCGGCGGCGGCGGCGGCGGGGAAGAGGAGGAGAAAGAGAGUGGUGUACCUGGGCGACGGGAGGGGCGACUACUGCCCGACGCUGAAGCUGGGGGAGAGGGACUACAUGAUGCCGAGGAAGGGGUACCCGGUGUGGGACCUCAUCGCCGGCGACCGCCGCGCCGUCCGCGCCGACGUCCGGGAGUGGGCCGAUGCCGGGGACCUCGAGAGGGUGCUGCUCAGCAUCGUGCAAGAGUGCGCCACCGCCAGUGAAGACGGCGGUGGCGAUCAGGAUUCCGUGGCGGCGGUGGUGGGCGUGGUGGUGCCGGAGUGCCGUUCCGGGCUGCCCUUGGCGGCUUCUGCGCCGGAGAUGGCCAUGGCACUUCUCCCCAAGGCUGUUCAUGCGCCCAACUGAUGAUGCAUCUUUCCUCCCAACUGAUGAUGCAUCUUCACGUGACGGCUUCAGCCGAUUGGUGUUUGGAAUGUUAGCUUCGCCGGGAACUGAAAGCCGGCCGGUGGAAGAUUGUUUCCGGUGUGUUUUAGCUAGCGUGACAUUCAGAAGCUCUUUCAGUUCUUCUGGGCAUGUGAAAACAGUGGUGAAAUCAAACCAACUGGUGUUCGCGCUCUUGGGUCUCUGUCUCUGGAAAUGGUGGUUUGCGGAAUAGGCUUCGCCUGUGUUGGUGGGUUCAGUUGUUGCUGUCGCAAUCCCUGUAACUGCAGUGGACGUAUUAGCUUGACGGUCGACAUCAUGGGCAGAGGACCGAAAAAAUGCAUUGAAAAAAAAAUGCUUACUUGUGUA